CCGGAUGAGCGCACAAAUUGUGAACGCCUCGUCAGCAGUGAAAUUUUCACUUUGAGCUGGGAAAAGAACACCAGAGAACUAUCAAACCAGGCACGAUAUGUUAAAUUUAAGACAGAAUAAUUGUUCAUUGAUUAAUUUAUCUCAAUGAUGUCUGGUUUUCAGAUUUAUUUGGUGGUGUACAGGUGACAGCGGUUGGUUCGGUUAAGCGAACACGAACAUCCAUUUCUCAAGAUGGCGGCCUCCAUAGGCGUUGUAUGCUCGUCGUUAAGAACUAUACGGUUCUUUUACGUAGCCUCUCCACUCGUGCAGAACCGUUUUAGAACUACCAUGUUAACAGUGAGGACACUUCUUACUUUGAUUGUUUUUAUUCUAAUGAUGGCUACAGUGCCAGCCACACUGGGGGCUGGUGUCUCUGGUGAUGGGGUUGCUGGUAUUGCUGGUAACGAGACUCGGCCAUGUCAGCACUCUCAGACACGUAUCCUGGCAUUGUCAAAAAACAGUGAGGGAAUAGUUGUUGGUGCAGCAGGGGAGUUGCGUGUUCCACAAGAUGAGCAAGUCUCCAUUAGACUCAUUGGAGAAAACAUCAAGGUUGGAAUGGUGGUGUGGUUCACCACAACGGAGGGGGACAAGGAGGAUCCUUGUGGAGAAUUGGACCAUCCUGAUGUUGCGACAGUAGAACCAGAUCCAGCCAACAUGGACAGCAACACCACAGGGCUGUUAAAUGUGAACUUUACAUCGUUGAAACCCCUCUACUUGUGUGUGAAGCCGGAGGGCAGAGAGAUGACACAUCUAGGCACCGCCAGCUGGCUUCAGGUUCAUAUCAUUCCAUCACUCUUGCCGCUGUGGUUACAGAUUAUUCUUAUCAUAUUGCUGCUUGUCUUGUCUGGGCUGUUCAGUGGGUUGAAUCUGGGUCUGAUGGCCCUUGAUCCAACUGAGCUGAAAAUCCUUCAGAACUGUGGGAACCAUCGUGAGAAGCAGUAUGCCAAACGGAUAGCCCCGCUCCGUCAUACCGGGAAUUACCUGCUGUGUACCCUGCUCCUGGGCAAUGUGCUGGUGAACAGCACCCUCACGAUCCUUAUCGACGAUCUCUCCUCUGGCCUGACGGCUGUCAUUGGCUCCACGGCGGGGAUCGUCAUCUUUGGGGAAAUUGUACCCCAGUCCAUUUGCUCCCGCCACGGGCUGGCUGUGGGCGCCAGAACAGUCUGGCUGACAUAUGUCUUCAUGCUCAUAACGUUUCCUGUGGCAUACCCGAUCAGCAAGAUCCUCGACUGGAUCCUGGGUAAAGAGAUUGGGAAUGUGUACGACCGGGAACGCUUGCUGGAGUUGAUCAAGGUGACAGACGAGUAUACAGACCUUCAGAAGGAAGAAGUCGAUAUCAUCUCAGGUGCACUGGGGCUGAAGAAGACCCCCGUGAAAUGCGUCAUGACACCGCUGGACGACUGCUACAUGCUAGACGAGGAAGCUGUGCUCGACUUCAACACAGUGACGGACAUCAUGAAUAAAGGUUUCACCAGGAUACCGGUGUAUUCGGGAACCAGGGAUAACAUAGUGGCCUUGCUGUUUGUCAAGGACCUUGCGUUUGUCGAUCCGGAUGAUUGCACGCCCUUAAAAACGGUCAUCAAAUUUUACCAGCAUCCCAUCAACUUUGUAUUUGAGGAUACCACGCUGGACGUCAUGCUCUCAGAAUUUAAAAAAGGUUCCUCUCACAUGGCCAUUGUCAACCGGGUCAACAAUGAAGGGGAAGGCGAUCCCUUCUAUGAAGUCUUGGGACUUGUGACCCUUGAGGAUGUCAUUGAGGAAAUCUUGAAGACUGAAAUUGUGGAUGAGACUGACAUCUACACCGACAACGUGUCCAAGAAGAAGAUCAACAAUCCCAAGCGUCGUGAUUACUCCAUCUUUGCCCAGCAGGAUGACGUCAUUCGUGCCAAGGUCUCCCCCCAGCUGGCCCUAGCCAUAUUCCAGUUCCUACACACAGCCGUGGAACCGUUCAAGAUCGAGAUGAUCUCGGAGACGAUCUUGCACCGGCUCUUGGAGCAAGACAUCUACCACAACGCCAGGCUGGAGGACAGCAGACACGCCCCUGUGUACCUGUACAGCCGGGGCAAGCAGGCGGACUACUUCAUCAUCAUCCUGCAGGGCAGAGUGGAGGUGACCAUCGGCAAGGAGAACUUGGUCUUUGAGCAGGGACCCUUCGCAUUCUUUGGCCAGCAUGCUCUGAUUUCUCCCGGAGGUACCGCCACCACCAUCUCGCGCUCCGGCAGUCGCACCAGCGUGGGCAGCAGCAUGAGCGCAGGCUCUAACACGCCGGCUGCCCCUCCCUUCGUCCCGGACUUCACAGUCCGUGCCCUGUCAGACGUCCAGUACCUGCGCGUCACCCGCAACCAGUAUGCAGCGGCCCGGGCCGCCACCAAGAUGGAGCGGGAGACCAAGGCAGAGAGUCCCACUGAAACCAAGGAGAUUUUCAACAAAGAGUGGAAGAAGGUGAGCAACAAGGAGGCCCUUCAGAGCAAAGAGACGGCCUCAGUUGACGGCGUGGACAUCCGCAGCAUCCAGGUGGGCAUGGGCGAGAAAGACAAGACUGAGAGCUCCUUGUAGUGGCGGCUCAUGUCCCAAUGCCUAGGGUGAUCCCUGGUAGAAUUCAGAGCGGUGGUUUUUACCCUUCAAGAUCUUGGGAAGGCAAUUUCCUUCCUCCCUCCGUCUCAACUAUGUGCAAGAGAAUUUUACGUACCCUAACCUUCCUGGGUGUACUGGCUUUAAACCCCUUGCAGACGCAUCAUUUUGCACCAUUUGUUGAAGUUUAAUACUUGCCUGCAGAGUACACCCAGUUCCAGCAGGUCAACUCUCCCCAAGGCCAAACGGUCACAGAGUCUGUGGUUGCCAGCCGCCGCAGACUCCAACAGUUGCAAUGUUCAGCGGGACUGGCUACUCUUGGCACAACUUGGGCAGUCUGUUCAGCCGAUGUCGAUUUCCCAAUACAACAAAGUGUACUAGGGUUUUCCACCUGUCGCACUUUGCCUUGUCUUGGUUAUACAAGCCAUGGUUUUGUGCAGCUGCAAAGUUUAAGCCUCGUCAGGAGAAGCAGGUUGCAGGUCAAGUCAUUACUGUAUCACACUACUAACACACAAUUUUUCCUUUGCAUUGGAUUGACCAUGAAAAAAUUCUGACGGCGGUUUGCAAGUUCAGUACAUCCAAACUGUGAUGAAACUGCUUUCAUUCUGUACAUGAUACCAAUUAUUCAAAGUACAAGUGGCAAGUUGUGGCAAUGAUAGCAGUGGGGGAAAGCAUCUGUCAUUCCUCCAUCUCACCCCACCCAUUUGCAGUUAUAAUCAAAUUAUCAAAGCCAGUCUACCUACAUGUACGAGUUCUGGUCCUGGACCGAGAACCCACUGGUAUCCCUGCUCUGACCACUGAGGAACAUUGUCCAGGAUAGACUUGGCUUAGACCGAUCAAGAGAAGACACUAACUGCGCAGAUUGAGACUAUUGUCAAAGAGCUUCCUCCGGAUAAAAGAAUAUGUAAAUAUAAAAUAGCAGAAACUAAACAAUUGAAUUCCUAAAUCCAAGAAAACGAAAUGUGUGGUGUCUUCUUGGUGAGACCUUAAGUGACAGUCAAGGCAUUCAUACAUCUGUACUAGCAAACAGCGAGUCGUAGUUUUCAAUCCGUUGCUGAAUUUUAUUUCACGUGGCAGAGUUUCGAUUGUGGUAUAUGGAGUACUCUCCACACUAAGAUAUGUAAACACUAAUCAUAUAUGCGUUAUCCCAUGAGGCUGGGGCACAAUUUGUGACGGUGUCCAUUGUUACAUGAGUUCCGUAAAAAUGAACAGUGAU